AUGGAAGAAGACACGAGAAAAAAGGAACCACCGAUAAUCAACAAAGGUGCCAUAUUGCAACAUGGAUUAUAUGGAAAUCUGCAUGUACCUGUUGAUGCCCACGAAUGUGCAUAUUUGAUUUGCGCUGGUUCAUGUGAACGGUUUACACCGUUGAGCUCUGAUCGCCUCAAAACAUUUAAUAUUCUUCGAAAGCGAGAAAGUACUAAGACGGACGAUUGA